CAUUAUAAAGGAAUAAGAUGAUUUGCUCUGGCAUUCAUUGUUAUUUCAUGUCGUCGACAAUUCCAAUAUAUACGACAAAACAAGCUGAAGAGACUAUCCUAAGACGUUCUUCACUACAAGAACCCGAACUUUCCCCACGUGUACAACAAAGAAUAAAGCAACUUUUUGGAGAAGACCUGACGGCGUUACAAGUAGUGCAGAGAAUACUAGAGUCUGUUCGGAAGAAUGGAGACUCAGCUUGUCAGCAUUGGACAAAAGUUUUAGAUGGAGUGGACACUGGAGACUCGUUUCAAGUUUCAAAAGAAAGAAUCCUUUCUUGUGUAAAGAGGAUAGACUCCCAGGUGUUAGACUCUUUGCGUAUCUCUCGAGAUCGUGUUUUGCAUUUUCAUAGGAAACAACCGAUAACUUCUUGGUUUACGACUGAACUAGGAGGUCAAUUAGGACAAUUGAUUCGACCUAUUGAGAAAGUUGGCUUUUAUGUACCUGGUGGUUCUGCUCCUUUGCCUUCUUCUGUAAUUAUGUCUGUUUGUCCAGCGGUUGCUGCUGGUUGUCAAACUUUAUUAGUGGUUAGUCCUCCUGAUAAACAAGGCAGUAUUGCAGAUGUGACUUUGGCAGCUUGUGGUGUAAUGAUGGAGCUUGGAAUAGAUCUUCGGGUUUUUGCUAUCGGUGGAGCACAAGCUAUAGGAGCUCUAGCGUAUGGAACGGAAAGUAUACCCAAAGUGGACAAAAUUGUUGGUCCUGGAAAUAUUUUUGUUUCAUUAGCAAAGAAGGAAGUUUUUGGUAUAGUUGGUAUUGAUGGCAUCUACGGCCCUACGGAAGCAGUUAUUAUUGCGGAUGAUACUGGACGUGCGGACUAUAUUGCUGCCGAUUUGUUAGCUCAAGCAGAACAUGAUGAAAUGGCUGUUCCUAUUCUUUUAACUUGCAGCAAGGAAUUAGCGGAAAAGGUUGUCCAGUCUAUUAUGCAACAAGUGUCUAGUUUAUCUCGUUCUUCUACUGCAUUACAUUCACUACAACAUCAUGGAGGAAUUGUUGUUACAUGUUCGUUGGAGGAAUGUUUUCGUUUAAGUAAUCAGUUUGCUGCAGAACAUGUAUCGCUUAAUAUUAAGGAUCCUUGGGAAAGUCUUCAUUAUAUAACUAGUGGUGGUGGUGUUUUUGUGGGAGAUGCUUCUUGUGAAGUAUUGGGAGAUUAUGUGGCAGGUCCAUCUCAUGUCAUGCCUACUGGUGGUAGUGCUAGAUAUUCUAGUCCUUUAAAUGUUCUGGAUUUUGUGAAGAUUAUUAGUCUAGUUGGAUUGGAUCAUCAUACUUCUAUGGAUAUGGCAAAGAAGGCAGCAAUUAUUGCAAAAUCGGAGGGUUUAACUGCACAUGCCGAAGCUGCCCACAAAAGAUUGAAUUUAUAAAUAUUCUUUUUGAUUUCGUAAGGCUCAUUUUGCU